GCAUACAUUCAACGCUUUUGUUUAGAUGUACUUAUUUCUUGAGAAGAACGUAUCUUUUGAGAUGUACCCAUUCCUUUUUAAGGCUGUUUAGGAAUAUAUAUCCUAUAGUUUAAAAUAAAGUGGCAUUCUAACAGUGGUAAUAACCAAGAUAUUUGUCUUCUUUAAAGUUUGUUUUUUUCUUUACAAAAUAAAGCCAAAAUGAAUAAGUCAAUAAUUCUACCUAUGAGGAGAUGUGUAGCUAACAUAAUUUAUAGUUUGCUGUUCAGUUUGUGUACAGGUAAGAUUUGAUUUUUUAAUUUUUUUUUUUUUAAACUAGUUAAAUUAAUGAUGUUAAGUCAAUUUUAAAUAAAUGAUGCAGAGUUAGAAUUUUGAUACUUAAAGAUUAAUUAAUGUGCAUGUAUUGCAAUUUCGAGGAAAUUUUACACAAGUUCCAUGAGCACCACCCUAGACCUUGCCAGGAAAUACGUGGUACACCACUAGUAAAAUGUAAUGAAAGUUCAAGUAUGAGAAAUUAGCUUGUUAUAGAGUGAAAGUUAUUGAAACAUGGCGUGUAAUUCUUAAAAGAUACACCGGUAGCUCAAUGUUAGCUGACAUGUACUGGAUGCAUUUCUGUUGCUGCUGUGCGAGUUGUUGUCUACUGAAAUCCACUUUGAAGGCAUACUCGUUAAAGUUUUCAAUAAUUCCUUCGAGAAAGUGGUAAUUUUAUUUUGGACUGUAUAACUAGAGCAAUCAAUCGAUCUGUAAAAGGCGAGUGCAUUAGUUCGACUUCUUGUUAAUAUGUACAAUUUAUUUUUAAAAAUAUUUUUUUAUGCAAUCUAGAUUAUCAUAUUAACAUAUCUAUACAUACAUGUCAUGGAAGAUCUAGCAUCUUUUAUGGCAUAUCUAUCUCAUCUCGUGGCAGACCUAGUAUCAUCUCAUGCCUGAUCUAAUUUUACACCGUGGAAAUUUCUAGCAUCACCUCUUGGCACAAAAGGCAUCAUCUCACGGCACAACUAGUAUUAUCUCUCAAAACACCUAGCACCAACUCGAGGCUAGCUGGAUUUUCAAUUUUGUCUAACUAUGAUGAUUCACAUUGGAAACUUGCUAAACAACUGGUGGAUCACGUUGGCAUACGCCUAUCACUUUCCAUUUGCAAUUGAUUCAACCAUUUAAUAUGUGGGAUAGAAAAUAAGGUUGACAGAAACUCUAGGAGAACAGAAAGAUGUCGGUGAGACGUGAUCAGUAAAAUAUCAUCUGUUCGUAAAAUAUUGUUUCUGCUACAAUUGCAUUUCUUUGACAUAUUACUCAGAACAUUUGCUAAAAAAUGUUUAUAGAAACAUAUUUUUUUAAACAGAACUUCAUGCCCAGACAAUCAUUCUAGAUUCAAGUUUUGGAGUUGGGGCUACUUGUUCAAGGGAUCUAAGAGCUGGGAUUGACUUUUUUAUAGCUCGAGGAUAUGUUGACGCUACAAAUGGGAAAUUUUCAAAUUUUGUUGAUUUUCAAAUACAGACAAAAGAUUCAAAUAAUUUCAAUGACGUAAGUAUUUAAUAACUAAUUGAUUCAGCUGAUAAAACUAAUGUUGAUGUAAUAUUUAUUUAUAAUUCUACAUAAAAUCUCUAUUCCAUUUUUUUACACAUGCGUUUAAUAUAAUUAAUUUACAAAAACCUAUUUCAUACUAAAGCCGUAUCUUACAAAAGUAAACGUAGAUAUCGUACAAAAGCCCGUUUUUCAAAGCUGAAAACCUGCAUAUUACGCCUAAAAGCUGACACCAUAAUAAUAAGCCAAUGUAAGCCAUACUGUAUAUACGAUACUAGGAUAUCAAAGAUACUAGAAUAUUCUACAAAAUUUAGUCUUUCCUUUGUUAUAAUAGAUGUUUAUUGUACAUGCGCUUACAUAAUAAAAAUAGUGAACCAUCUGCUUUUCAUGUCUUUGCUAAACAAAUAUUUUCUGGUACCUAUCUUCUAUCACCUUCUCAUAAGUUGAAUACCCGCUUUUUCCUUUAAAGUAUACAUUGAUUUAAAAGCGUCUUUAGAAUAAGUAGCAACGUUAUCAACUUCAAUUUUGUUGGGGUUUUUUACGCCAUUUUUUAAUGUUAUACAAUAAUAUACAUCAAAGGAAUCCGUGCUUAAGUAAAGUAGCCUAGAAACAUUGACAUAAAACGUAAUAUUUCUUUCAAGCCUAUUGCCCAACGUGGAAAAAUGUGUAUAGCCAUAAAAGAAACUAUAUUGUAGUAAAAAUACGCCUAAAUAUUCAUUCUUAUCAUAUUUUUAAAGGAAAUUGUAAAUGGUGCCUUUCUUCGACUAAAAUAAGUGAAAGCUUAAAUAUCUCUAGGCUAGAUAAAUUUAUGAUCAGUAAAUUUAAGGCUAACGACGUUGGAGGACAAUCCAACAAACUUUUUUUUUAAAUUUGAAGCCACUGAUUCAAAGGAAAGCAAACACACACAAAUGUAAGGAAUAUAUCGUCUGUGGAAUUAUCUAAGUGAAGAAUUUCCGUGUGGGUUUUUGAGUGCGCAGCCCUUAAUGAUGAGUAUUCGUUUCUGUAACAUUGGUGUAGGGAUUUCCUUGUGGGAAACGAAAAUACAUUUCUGUAUCAUAUAGUUCUUUAGGAUCAAUGAUCAACACAACCAUUUGAGAGUUUAGAGUUUGAACUAAUUUCUUUGAUGCCUUUAAAGCAUAAAAUACACAUAGUCAAUAAAGAUCACUAUAGAAGACCAUACAAAUUAAUAUAUAUUUUUUUUUAUUCUUCUCUAUAUUUUCCAGCUAUGCACUGCCAGUUUGAUUACUUGCGUUAUCCCAAACCCCCAACCUUGCUACUGUGCUAUCCGUUAUGGAAAUAUAUAUCAAAUCGUGGCUAACAGAUCAGCAGUCCUCGCUGACAGUAAUGCUAAAAUACGUGUUCAGUGGAAUAGCGUUGAUGGGACAAAUGUUUGGAGCAAUGUGGUCCAAGUACCAAAAGUCUAUGGUAGAUAUAAAAUGAAUUCCUACUUAUUUUUAUAUAUUUUAUUUUAUUUACAUACUAAAUAUGUCCCGAGAUGCCACAAAUCGGCUGUAUGAAAAGCAAAUUUUAAUGUGGGAUUUUGUUUUACAUGCCACAACAGGGAAAGAAUGGAGAUGGAAUACUGGGCAUUUUAGAUGGCGAAUUUCUGGUAUUCCAGAUAGCCAUCAAUGUGCCUACUAAGGAAUGAUUAAUAAUGAAAAGUGCACUUUCAUUAAAGAUGUAGUUAUAAUAAACUGCUAUUCAUUAAAAAUGAUAUCUAAACUUCAAGUGAAUCUUUAAAUAUUAUAGUUCUAAAAUUAAUGUUUUAUUUAAAUUAAUUAUACAGAAAUACUUACAUUAAAACGAUGAUAAUAUUAUUUAAAUAUACCAGGGCUUGGUGCUUGGACAUUAUUUAUUCUUAGUUUAAUCAAUGACCUACCAGAGAAUAGAUCUCCAAAGCAAUAGUGUUCACAGACACAACAGUGGUGAAUAGAACGAACGCUACCAGUUUUGACCAGGAAAAGCUACAACAUGAUCUCAAUCGGUUAGCUAAGUAGGAUAUGAUCUGAGAAAUACAAUUUCAUGCCGCUAAGUGCCAUAAAUCGCCAGUUCCACAAGUAGAACACCUCUGAACAACCAUUACCAACCGUAAGGCCAUAUGCUAGAGCAAGUUUGCACCUUAAAGUACCUUGAUGUUACACUUCAAAGAGAGGUCCUCUAGGACGAGCAUAGUAACAAUGUGUGUAACCGUGCCAACAAGACCUAAGGGUUCCUAACACAAAAUUUACAUAUCGGCAACUGCAGUCUGACAGAAAACAGCCUAUGUCCGGCCGCUUUUAGAUUACACAACUUCAGUCUGAGACCAUUUCACCCAUGAGGAGCAUCGACAGGUUGGAGGCGGUUCAACGGCAGGCAGCACGCUUCGUUCUGAAUUGCUGCACGAAAACCUCUAGUGUUGGCAGCAUGCAGGCUCUCCAUGAUGCACAAGAUAAAAAUGGGCUGAUCCAGUGCUUCAGGUUAAACAGAAAAUCUUAUCUCUGCCACUUAGACAGUCAAGACGCCAUGACAGCCAGUCCCGGCUCAUAACAGCAAGAAUACAGUAAAGGGACUGCUCAUACCUGACAAGACAAAGAGGCACUCAGCUAGCUUUUUAAAAGUUAAAGUUGAAGCGACAAACACUUGACGCAUAUGCGUCUAUUUCGUUAGGACUUCCAAACCACUCUUUCUGAAACCCUCGCUGAGUAUCCAUUGAAACCACUGAAAUAUAUUUUUUAAAACUAGGAAUACAAACUUUGAGAUUCCCGUCUACAUAAAUAGGAGCCACAAUGAUCAAUUCCUUGAUUGUGGCCUUUCAGAUAUAGAAAAAGAUAUAACCUAUUAAUUAAAUAAAACAUUUAAAAAUAUUGCUUUUUUGUAAUUGAUGUUGAAUCAAUUUCUAUAAAAAGAAAAGAAAAAAAUCCACUUAUUCCGUAAUCGAACACAAAUGUACACGAGUUUUGGUACAGUAUAAGUAAUUGUAUAAGCUAAUUAUUUGAUGAGGUAAGAUUUUCGUUUUAUUCUACCGAUCUAAAAAAUGGAAGGCAUAUUGAGCUUGUGGAUACCUGUUAUUAUGACCCUACAAUCGAUUUUUUGUCAGUAAUGCAACUGAAUCAAUCAUUUGAAAAAAAAGAUAUUUUAAUAAAAUUAAAUUAAAAUAAACGAAAACUUUCAAUGCAUUUUAAAUGUACACUGUGUAAACCAGACUUUUCUUAUUUCCUAGAGAAGUUUCAAUAUAAUAUAAGCAUGUGCUUACGUUUCUAAAAUCUUCAGGUUUUAAGAAACGUUUAUCUCUUUAUAAUGUAGGCCGAACAGAACGUUUAAACUCCAUCGAACUACAAAGUAAACAGUAUUCAUUAAAUGAAUUUAUAAUUUAUUACAAUCAUACUAAAAUAUUAAAGAUUACGUAUAAUUGACCACAAUUAAAUAAAAAAGAAUCCGAAGAUAAAAUAUACUCUUGAUCCUUCAUAUAUAUUUAUGUAAUAUUAUUUAUAUAUAUAAUAUAUCUGUGUGUAAAGAUAUAUAUAUAUAUAUAUAUAUAUAUAUAUAUAUAUAUAUAUAUAUAUAUAUAUAUAUAUAUAUAUAUAUAGAACAAAAUAUUAUAUAUAUAUAUUAUUUUUUAUAUAUAUAAUAUAUAUGUGUGUAUAUAUAUAUAUAUAUAUAUAUAUAUAUAUAUAUAUAUAUAUAUAUAUAUAUAUAUAUAUAUAUAUAUUGCAAAAGAUAACGUAUAAAUGUAUUUGAAAUCUCACACAUUGUGUUAUUGUUAUGUUUAUAUAAUUAUUCAAAAUUAAAAUGCACGUCAUUUUAAUGCAAUCUGUUUAAAGAUAAUAUUUAUAAAAGAAUGUUCAUAAACUCAUGCACAAUGUUCACUUUCGUCCCCCAGAUCUGAAUGCUGUUACAACAAGGUUGGCACUAAAUGAUGCUCCAAUGACCUGUCCAACAACUGUUCCUCCUGGAUCGGUUAUUAUGUUCCAAUGUCAAAAGUCUCCCAGUCCUUGCACCGUGUCAAUUUCAUUAAACGACACAGAGGUAGCCAAAAGUGAACACAAUGCGACGUACACAGUGUCCAACGAUCUAACGUCGCGUUCAACACACAAUUUUACAUUUUCUUAUUCUGUUUGUGGAGCACCUGCUAAUCACACAACCUGUCCUGUAAAGAUAGGUAGCUAUAUAUUUUUAAAAUUUCUUAAUUUAACUUCUGAUUAGUGAAGUUCAUAUCAUUACACCAAAAUGAUCUGCAUAAAUUGAGGCUAAGGUGUUUGUUCCAAAAUUUAAUAAGUCUCUUUUUAUAAAUACUAGAUAUACACACUGUGAUUAGUAUAAUAUAUUUUUAAAAAAUCUCUAAGUAAGGAAGGUUUUAAAAACUGGCUGUUCAAUAUUGUUUACAAGAAUAAUUUCAUUCCCAUUUAAUUUUUAGAUACAUAUUUUUGUUUAAUUUAAUGUUUUUUUUAAAGUACUUUAAAAUAGGUUUAGGUUUGUAGAGAGCUCACAGACCUGUUGUAGCUUACAGAGAUAGUUCUUGUUGUUGCAAACAUAAACCUGAACUCUGCAAAUGUAUAAUAUAGUAUUAUUACAGAAUACCCCAAUUAAGUAUUGUUUAUUAGUAGAUUUAGUUUUUAAAAAAUCAACUUUAAACUAUUUUAUUAUUAAUUAAAUGAAUUUAAAAAGUAUGUAAAACACCUGAAAAAAUGGCAAAAAAAUAAAUAAAAAGGAAGCAAGAAAAGUGUUUGUAAAGAGCCUUCGCUGGAGAGCAAACAACGAGGGAAAAAUAAACAGAAUUAAAAUGUAAAACAAUAGCACUUAGCUGAAAAGUAUAGCAUAAUUAAAUUUAAAAAAAUAACAGGGAGUGUGUCCAUUCUUCACCAAGGCCGCAGGCCGAAGGUCAUAUGAUCAAAUGUCUAAUAUAUCUGAAUGAUAAUGAAAUUAAAUUGUCACAUAGAAGGUAAAAUAUAAUUGGUAAGCAUGAUUGACCCUUUUAUUUAUUUAUCUAUCUCCAUGACAAUCUUUGGCAAUUUUGAACGAUUUCAUUAUAUAUUAAUAAACAUUCUUGGAACACAUACAACUUUUUAUCAAUGGAGGCUUGAACUGCGAAAAGAAUUGUUUCAAUUUAACAUUUGUACAUGUCCUUAAAUAACUAGAUAUGCAUUUAGUAAGUAAUAAAAUGAAAAAAAAAAAGGAAACUUUUGAUUCACCUUAAUAAUAUUGCAUGGUACAGCUGAACAUUUAUUAUUAGAUGCAUUUUUAUAAUAACUUGAAAUUGUAUAUCCUAAUUUUUUCUACAUGGCCACGACAAUAGAAAAUGGAUCUGUUUCUUCAACUACCACAAUCCCGGGUAUGUUAUUAAAAGUUUUAUGUUUCUAUGUUGCAAUCCCAAUUUUAUCCAUCAAAUAUUGUCUAAGAAUAUCAUAAGACACCAACUCAAGACUGUGGUCUGUGUAACAACUAACCUUUAUUCAUCAUUCGUCAUUCGUUUUACACCUCACAUAACAGGAUCACCCACUCGAGUUCUCCAACCAAAACUGACACAUUAAAGUUUUCAGUGUUCGCAGACAACACAUGAUAUUUAUUUGAUGCAUCUUGUGAUUACUUUAAAUUGUAUCUCUUACUUUUUUCUACAUGGCCACAACAAUAGGAAACGUAUCUUCUUCUUCAACUACCAAGAUCACGGGUAUGUUAUUACAAAAUUUAUGUUUAUUUUUUGUAAUCCGAAUUUUAUCCAUCAAAUAGUGUGGUCUGUGUAACAACUACCAUUUAUUCAUCAUUAUUUGUAUACCUCAGAUAACAUGACCAUCCACUCCAACCAAUACUCACACAUUAAAGUUUACUCAUUUACAAAUACAAAUCACCACGUCCAGUCAGACAACAUGACAACAAGAAAGUUCAAUUAAUACACAUUAAAACACUCAUCGUAAUUCACUAAUACUGUAACAAUUUGAACAACUACUCAACAAGAAACACAUUUAAGUUGAACGUAAAAUAUUAAUAAGUGGACACUAUUGAUUAACUUUAUAAAAUAUACUUAUUUAGGUAUCAUAAUAUAUAUAAUAAAGAAAACUGCAUCGUUUAGAUUAUCAUUAUUGUUAGAAAUAUCUUUAUAUGGCUUUAAAUUUUAUCUCUUACUUAUUUCUACAUGGCAACACCUACAGGAAGUGUAUGUCGUCCUGGUACUUCAACUACCACAAUCAUUGGUAUGCUUUUAACAUUUUUAUGUUUCUAUUUUGUAAUCUAAAUUUUAGAUUUCAAGCAAUCAGUCCUAACUUUCUAAAUAAAAAUCUUCUCUCUAUAACCGCCUUAAUAUAUUUUAGCUAAACUUAAUAUAUUGGUAUGCUUCAGGCGUAAGUCACAUUUGUUUUCCAAUACAAUAAUUGCUAAUGUUGUGUAAUAGUUACAAUAACAAAUACUCUAUUGACAAAUCCAGAAUCAUCAGGAAAAAUUAAUCUAACAAGUUUUAAUCGGUAAAAAAUAAAAUGUUUGCACAAAAUGUAAAUACAAAUGUUCUAUUUUUACACUGUUAACAUACCAGCUAUCUUUAAUUUUUUUUAGUGGAUUUUUCACAGUAAAAAUAGAUAAAUCCUUCUACUUCCUGUAAUCUCGUUUUUGGAAUAGCCAACUUAAAACAGUAUCAUUUACCAUUUUUUUAAUUGCGAUCUAUUAGUUUUCAGUUCAUCUUGUAUAAUACAUUCAAACCUUUUGAAGAUAAACUGUUGUGCAUGAUUUAAAUAUUCUUAAAUAUCAAACAUGUUUAAGAGAACCAUCUAUAACAACAUUCGACAUAUUUUUUAAUCAAUAAAAAUGUUCGCCUCACGGUUAUAGGUGUUUUUUGAAUUAAAUUCAAUAAUAAAAAUAUUAAUAGAGUAGGAAUUCCAUUAGCAGAAACAAAAACACUUGCUAUAAUGAUAUAACGAUCUUUUUUGUCCCUGGUUAUUGUUGUCUUUUUUUGUUAUUUGAUGUGGCAAAAUAAAGUAACAAUCCUAUUUGUUAUACAAAGCUGAAAUAGAAAAUCAGUUGUUUUUUUGUUGGUUUUUUAAGAUACAUUAUCGGGAAAAAAAUGAUAAUUUUAAGUUUCUUAAUAUUUUGUUACUUAGGUUUUAAUUAUUUUUUUUUAAAGUGAAAAAAAAAAUGUUUUAUUUCGAAUACUGCUGUUUACUUUUUCCAGUAUAGCUAGGAUGGGAUGAAAUUUAUUGAAAAUAGUAUGAUUUUUUUUUUUACUGUUUGAAUUUUCUAGGCAAUGUACCAACAAUAAUGUUUAACUGUAACAGUAAAAAAGUUUACUUACUGCCUAUUGUAAUAUUCUGUUUUUAUUUUAAGAUGUAUAAACGGAUUGAUGAAAACUAAAUAACUGCUUCCGAAAAUUUUCUGUUUUUCCCUUUCCUAUCAAGUAAUUCAAAUAUUUUGUGAUAAUUUUUUGGAAAGGCGCAGUCUUUAUGUUAUGUUUUAAUUGUUUUUAUUUCAUACUAGUAACAUAAACAUAUAUAUACAUAAAUACACGUUUUCAAUCAGGUGUUGACUUUUUGCUUGCGUCCGGAACACGGCUCAUAAACACACACUCUCUCUCCAGUCUCGCAUGUUUCCUUGGCUGGCUAUCGGUACUGGCCAGUCAGCUAGUCCACCAUAACACUUUAUCUAACCAUUUUUAUUUGUAACGACGCUUACCUACGUUUUAUAGGAGAAGAUUAUUAACAAACUAAGGGCAUUGAUUUAUUUUUGUAUGUUAUAAAAUGAAUGGAAACUUGAAAUAUAUAUUUCAAAGAAUAAUAUCACGAAAAUUAGGGCUUCUUCUAUAUCUUAAGGGCCCACGAUCAAUUUAUUGAUCAUUUUGGCUCCUAUGCAUGUAGAUGGGAUUUGCAAUGUUUCUGUUACUGGUGUUGAUGAGGAAAUCAUGCACUAGGGGUUUGAAGGCUGGAGGCA